AUGAAACACCGAGUCCAGGGACAGGGGGAUGGUGACCACACAAAAGUCCUUCCUGGGCCUCUCACAGACUGUCCCGAAAAGUCUGUAGCUGGACCAGGCUUUGCUCCUCUACACUCUCUGAUAUCAUCCAUUAAGGACCGUCGUGACAGAAUCCUGCUUUAUGGGGAUCAAACAGUGGAAAAGCUGCCUGCCAUUCGGCUGCUCGUCGAAUACUCCCGGACAUCUGGGGUCAUCCGGCGCUUUCUCCGUGAUGCGUGCGACGCGGUUCAGCUUGAGUCGACUAGGUUGCGUCCCGAGGAAGCAACCAAUAUCAAAGAGUUUGACUCUCUUCUACGCUUGGCUGAAGACAAUGCCAGAUCUGACAACCCGAGUGAAAUUGUGGCUACGGUCUUGAUGAAUGUGGCUCGGUUAGGAGAACUAAUUCUAUACGCGGAAGAAGACCCUAGCAUCCUGGGUUCUACCGAAAAUCCGAUCCAUGUCCUCGGGUUUUGUACAGGAGAGAUUCCUGCAGCCGUCGCGGUAGCAGCACGCAACAACACCGAGUUGUACGAGCUGUCUCUUGAAACCAUCCACAUAAUCUUUCGCUUCGCGCGCGAUUGUUGGCGCCGGACGGUGCUCGUCGACCAGAGGAAUGAGAGCUGGGCAACGACUCUCGUUGGUGUGACUCCUGGAGAGGUUCAGACCAUCCUAGACGAGUUUCACUGCAGCCAAAGCAUUCCCGCUGCGCGCCAGGUCAACAUUGGAUUUGCGUCCAAGGGAUGGCUUACCCUCUUCGGGCCACCGACGACCAUGCCGCAACUGUUUACUUGGUCAAAGGAACUGGACCAAGUAUCCCGAGUCAAGACGGAUGCUGGAGGGGCAGUCCAUAUGCCAAACCUCCCGGAGCUCGACCUCGAUGUAAUUCUCGGCUCAUCGCCGUUGUUGAAUACUCCGAUCACCACCAAAGCGAAUUUCCUUUCACCGUAUACAUGUCAACCCCGUGCCGCCUCAACUUUCGGCAAGCUACUCCGCGGCCUCAUCCCGGAGGUUACCCAGAAAAUGCUGCGAUUGAGUGAUACAAUUGACGAGGUCCUGAGAACUUCGGGUCGUCGCCCGGUGCGAGUGACCUCUGUCGGAUACACGCCCCAUCUCGUAUCUGUCCAAAAAGCCCUGGAGGCCAAGGGCAUUCCUUUUACCGUCGAUGCUCACGCCAAGCAAUCACCGCUCUCAACAAUUUCAACACGCGGUGGGUCGAAUUUGAUUGCUAUAGUCGGCAUGGCAGCUCGGCUGCCUGGCAGCGAAACUGUUGAGGACUAUUGGCAAUCACUCCUGGAUCAAAAGAGAUUCGUCAAAGAGAUCCCCAAAGAGAGAUUUGACCUGGAAAAAUGGUUCGGGGCGACUGGAAAAGAGAAAAACUCGAUUCUGAACCGCACCGGAGCAUUUUUGGACCGACCUGGAUACUUUGAUAAUCGUCUUUUCAAUAUGUCCCCCCGCGAGGCUCUCCAGACCGAUCCCCUCCAUCGACUACUCCUCACAGUCAGCUACGAAGCACUGGAAAUGGCCGGAUACUCGCCCGAUGGCACGUUGGCAACAGGCAGCGACCGUAUUGGCACGUUCUUUGGACAAGCGUCGGACGAUUGGCGUGAUAUUCUCUUCACUCAAGGCAUUGACAUCUACUACACAUCAGGUGCCUGCCGUGCCUUUGCUCCCGGUCGUGUUAACUACCAUUUCAAAUGGGGGGGACCCUCGUACAGUGUCGAUAAUGCGUGCGCCUCCAGCAUCAGCACCGUGUCCCUGGCAUGCUCUUCACUCCUUGGACGCGACUGUGACAUGGCGCUCGCUGGAGGCGGCUCAAUCUUGGAUUCGCCUGCUCCUUUCUCGGGGUUGAGCCGUGGGGGUUUCCUAUCUCCGAACGCGGGAUGCGAGACGUUUCACGAUAAUGCUGACGGCUAUGUGCGUGGCGAAGGUGUGGGUGUAGUUAUUCUCAAACGCCUUGAGGAUGCUCUAGCCGAGAAUGACAAUAUUUUGGGGAUCAUUAAGGGCUCCGCGAGGAAUUACAACAAGGGGGCGUCGUCCAUCACGCACCCAUCGCAAGAAGGCCAGCAGCGUCUGUAUGACCAGAUCCUUCACCAGACCGCCACCGAUCCUGCUAGCGUAGCCUAUGUGGAGAUGCAUGGCACCGGCACGCAGGCGGGUGAUUUUGUGGAGAUGUCUUCUGUCUUGUCCACCUUCGCCGACAACCGUUCGAAGGACAAUCCCCUGGCUGUUGGGGCUGUCAAGGCGAAUAUUGGUCACGGAGAAGCUAUCCCCCCACAGCCGGAAAUGCCAUUCAAAAUUAACCAUCGGUUCCCCGAUCUCACGAAGAUGAAUGUUCAUAUUGCCGGCAGUGAUAUGAAGCUCCGUCCUAGCCCGAUUGACGAUGGGAAACUGAGAGUAUUCCUAAAUAGCUUCGAUGCCUCGAAUUUGUUUCAGGGUGGUAACUCUUGCUUGCUUCUCGAAGAGGCUCCCGACAAACCAGUCAAAGCGAAAGAUCCUCGAACGCGUCAUGUUAUAGCGUUCUCUGCACGAACUGCCAAUUCUCUACAUGGAAACAAGGAGCGCUGUCUGGAAUAUCUAAAGCGAUACCCGCACACAACUCUACCAGACCUAGGGUACACGACUACCGCGCGUCGAAUGCAUGGUCCGCUGCGCUCCGCUUUCACUGCUGCGAGCGUAGAGGAUCUUAUCGAACUCCUCGAGUGCGACAUAGCUAGUUCAGCUGCUGUGAGCAAGAAAGGUAAGCGCGGUGCUGCCAGUGGUCCCAACAUCGUCUACACCUUCACGGGACAAGGGUCUCAGUAUGCAGGCAUGGCCCAACAGCUCUUCAACCAAAAUCAAGCAUUCCGGAGCCGAAUCGAGUCAUUCCAGACCAUCGUUGAUGCGCAGGGCCUGCCAAACUUUACGGACCUUAUUGCCAACGACAGCCUUAAUCUGGCUGACGAGAGCCCGGUUCGCGUCCAACUGGCUGUGUGUGCUGUCGAGAUUGCCCUGGCUCAGCUGUGGACGGGCUGGGGCCUCCAACCAGCUAUGGUCAUGGGCCACAGCCUGGGUGAGUAUGCAGCACUCUGCUGCUCCGGCGUCUUGACUGUCAGUGACACGCUCUACCUUGUUGGAUGCCGGGCGACCAUAAUGGAGAACUCCCUGGCUACCAAUGAAUAUGCCAUGCUUGCUGUUGGUAAUGAAGCCAACGAAGUCAUUAAGAUUCUGUCCUCUGGCCUUUAUGAUUCAUGUGUGAUCGCCUGCCUCAAUGGUCCCAAUGCCACCGUUGUCAGUGGCACAACCAGUGAGUUGGAGACCUUACAACAGAGUAUGCGUGACCAAGGCAAUCGAUCGACACUCCUGCACGUGCCUUACGGCUUCCAUUCCAAGCAGUUAGAUCCGAUUCUCGACCAGUACGAGGCAUGCGCCCAAAAUGUCGUUUUCUCUGCUCCAAAGAUCGCUAUCGCCUCGACCCUCCUUGGGGAGGUUGUCCAGGACGAUUUUAUCAUCUCUCCCGCAUACCUUCGGAGGCAAUCUCGGGAGCCUGUGAACUUUAUGCUGGCGCUUCAAGCGGGCCAAGGUGCCGGCAUCGUUCGCGAUGACACCCUCUUCAUCGAGAUGGGCCCCGACCCAAUAUGUUCAGGGCUCAUCCGUGCAAAUUUGGGGCCGACCGCCUCGUCACGUAUAUUUCCCACUCUUCGUAAAGGCGAAGACAACUGGGCAACAACGACAAGCACCCUGGCGGCUAUUUACCAGGCCGGAUUGCCGGUCAACUGGCCCGAGUACCAUAAAGAGUACAAAGACUUCCUGUCUUUAUUGCAGUUGCCCACUUACGCCUUCGACGAGAAAGAUUACUGGACUCCUUACCCUGAUCCAGGACAAUUGGUGCAGACUGAAGUUGAAACAAAAGAUUUAUCUUCUGCAGUACCAACCGUUCCGGGAUUCCCAACGACCACGCUGCAGCGUGUGACGCUCGAAGUCGCCGACCAGUCCAAGGUGUCGGUCACAUUCGAGUCGCUCACCUCGGAAGCACAUCUGUUCGCCGCAAUCCAAGGCCACGCGGUCGUGGGAGUCAAAAUUUGCUCAAGCGCCGUCUUCGCCGACAUGGCUCUAUCCGCUGCCCGAUAUGCUUACAAACGUCUUCGGCCGAGCGUAUUGAACACACCACUGCUCACUAUGCGCAGUCUGGACCUACAUCGGGCUGUUGUCGUGAUGGAAAAGGACCCUAAACAGGCAAUUGAGAUCAGAGUUGAGCUAGCCUCUGCCAGCAAUAUCGCCCAGAUCUUCUUCCACGUUCGUGAGGCCGAAUCUUCAUAUGAUGUCGGGACAUGCGAGAUCGCGUAUGACGAGGACACCACUUUCAGAGACGGAAUCUCAAGCACGCUCUUUCUCGUAUCCUCUCGGAUCGAGGCGCUCAAAGCAAGCAACAACGCCAGUCUGGGACAUCGGCUGCUUCGACCCGUUAUCUACCGCCUCUUCUCCAACCUGGUCGAGUAUGGGGAACACUACCAAGGGCUAGAGGUUGUAUCGCUGGAUGCAAACUUGCGUGAUGCUGUUGGCGAGGUUAAGAUGCCGACCUUGCCAUCGGCAGGCCGUUAUUUGUACGACCCUUUUCUGCUCGAUGCGACGGUUCACCUCGCUGGUUUCCUUGUCAACUGUGGUUUGAAGUAUUCCGAUGAUAUUGCAUUCCUAUCCACGGGAUUUGACACCUGGCGACUUCUGAAGCCUCUAUCGCCUGCGGCCCGGUACACCAGCUAUGCCCAUAUGAACGAAACCGCUGAUAAAUGUGCGGUGGUGGGUGAUGUUUACGUGUUUGAUGAGUCCAACGACCCUGUCUGUGCGCUCACCGGGGUGCGCUUCCAGAGGAUGAAAAAGACGGCGUUGUCACGGAUUUUGAUGUCGGCGGUGCCAUCCGCCUCACGUAAGGCUGUGGGGACUCGCUUCGCACCGGACCCUGUGGAAUCCACCUUGGAUUCUGUCCGGGACAAUGGAUGGGUCGUGGAUAAGGAAUUCAGUACAGGUACACCAUACGAUUCAAGACCGUCUGUUGAUCAUAUCUCCACUGUGGAAAUUCUCCUCGCUGCCGUUUCCAAUGAGGCCGGCUGUGAGAUCUCUGAUUUGGAGGCCGAAACGGCAUUUGCGGACCUGAGGGUGGAUUCUCUGAUGGCGAUCACUGUCAUAGCCUCGAUCCGCAACGAGACUGGCGUCGAGCUUCCCGGUUCAUUCUUCCUGGACAACCCGACAGUUGCGGACGCCACCAAGGCGAUGGGAAAAGAGACGAACGCCGUCUCUAACUCUCACACUACAUCCCCUGAUUCUCCACCGACAGCCCUGAGCAAGAAGGUUGAGUUCGCUUUUCCCGAAUCCCUCGAGGAUAAGAAGGUCCCGAAUGAAUCCGAAUCCACGGAAAUGGAGACGCAUGUAUCUCAAUCGUUCAAUAUUCCUCCUGCUUCGGCCAUUAUGCUGCAAGGCUCCAAGUCUUCGAGUGACAUGCCGCUCUUUCUCCUUGCCGAUGGGACCGGAUCGAUUAGCGCCUAUGUUCAACUGCUACCGUUGGCGGGUGGACGUCGAGUAUACGGGGUAGAAUCGCCGUUUGCGCGUGAUUCAUCCUCCUUCGGAAGUUGCCGCGUGGAGGAGAUGGCGGCCGCUUUCACCGCCGCCAUUCGCGCUGCUCAACCCACCGGCCCCUAUAUCCUGGGAGGCUUCUCAAUCGGCGCCAUCUUUGCAUUCGAGGUCAGCAAACUCCUGCUCGCCGCGGGCGAAUCAGUUCUCGGUCUCUUAUUGGUCGCGAGUCCUGCACCCACGCCAGCUCCGUCAGCACUGCAAGGCAUCACGGUCAGCCCGGAAAUGGUAGAACUGGCUGGAAUUAUGAGUGGCUCAGGUGGCAAGCGGAGUUACAUGUCCCCGAGGCAGAAAGAACAUUUGGCUGCUGCGAUCCAGUCACUGUUGAAGUAUCAACCCCGUAGCAUGAUCUCCUGCCGCCAGCCUAGCAAGACAAUACUCUUCACGACGACCGAAGGGCUUGGAAAAGAAGCCAACACUCCGGACUCGCCCCUAGCUCCGUGGAUUUAUGCCAACUGGGGAGUAUCAGAAACAUUAGGCUGGGAAUCACUGAUCGGAGAUGUUGACGUGGCGCAACUGGAGACAGACUAUUUCUCGUUGAUGAAGUAUCCCCAGGUAUGGUUUAUCCUGAGAUCCCCUCGAUCCAUCAAAAGCUAA